UUAUAAAAGCAGUAACAUAAAGAGUAAUAAAGAUGAUGUACGUACCUAAUAGAGAAUUGUAUAGAUAGUUCUAAACUACGUAUGAGAUAAUUAUUUAUAUAAAAACCCUUUGACGAUUUUAAAGCUAAACAAUCGCAACAUUCGAUACGGACAAUAAAUCACCAUCAAUAUGAAGUACUUCGUAAUUCUUGCGCUCGUCGCCACCGUGGCUUCGGCCGCUGUCAAUAGGCCAAUCAAGCCCACCGUGGUCCCCAGUGAGAUACAAGAAAUCAUUGCAGCCAUCAACAACCCCAGCACCGACCCCGCCACUGCCGCUGCACUUGAACAAUUGCUCCUCGAUUUUUACGGCGUAGAAGGAAGCCCUAUCUCUGUUGGCCCCGUUAUCGUCGAGAACCCGGAACUCGAACCUAUCUCCGUCGAUCCCGUUAUCGUAGAUCCCGUCAUAGUGAACCCUAGCCCCGUGGCUGUCCCUGAAUCCAGCAGCGCUCCCCUCGUACAGCUAAUCUUGAACAUCAAUCAAGUUCAGCCAGGACCCGUUGCCGUUCCCCCUAGUGUUGCCGUUGUCCCUGAAAUUGUUGGUGAACCUGUCCAAAUCGUCGACAGCGCCCCCGAGACCGUUCAGGUUGUUGACUCCCUCCCCGUCCAGAUAGUGGAAUCUCCAGCCGCCGUUGACCCUGUACAGGUGGUAGAAUCCGCUCCCACACCCAUCGAGCCCAUCAUUGUCGCUACUCCCGUACUCCCCUCCCCCGUAGUUCCUCUUCCUGCCCAACUCAACUAAAUAAUAAAUGAAGUAAAUUCGAAGUACAUAACUAGAUAGAUAUAUAUGUUUUUAAAUAUAUACAUUACGAAGUUCAAUAAAUAUUUAUUCAGUUAA